CUGGUUUGUGACCUCGUGCCUCAGCUGAUUGAUAUUUACUUACACCUUCCCAGCAAAGAAGCGAAGAAAAAGUGCUGCGAGCGGAAGCCUCGAUGCACUCGCUGCACUGAGAGAGGGUUGGAGUGCAUCUAUAACCCUGUCGAACCACGUCGUAGCAAACAUGCCAACGGAAUAACCUCAAAGACUCCUCGUAGUGUUUAUCCGAUGCAGAACUUCAGACCCAAAGAGUCUUUUGAAGCUAUCUCAAAUGGGAGCUUCUCUGAGCCUCCAAAAGAGGCUUACUCUACGUCCAGUCACUCACCCCCUGAGACACCAGCCUGGGCCACCUUCAGCCAAUUUGACUUUUGCGACAAAUCAGUAGAUCAGCUUGCACAGUUUGAUCGAGAGAGUAAAUCAAUAAGUAGCUCACAGUUCAGCUUUGUCCCGCUUGACACAGAGUCAUCCCAAUCCAGCACCAUCGACAUCGCGUCUUUACUGUCCAGCCUCGAAAUACCGCGCCCAUCAUUCUCUCACAUUACAGAAUGUGCCCAGGAAAAGAAGCUCGUUCAUCAUUUCUCAAGUGUUCUCUCUCAUUUGAUCGUCUUCACGGAAGAGCCGAACAACCUUUUCCAGGGCCUCAUUUUGCCCCUCUGCUCCGACAACUCACCCGUCCUGCACGCUUUGUGCGCCUUCGCCAAGGGUCAUCUUGAGUACAUGGGCGUGCAAGACUCCAAGAAUUCUUCAAACUAUAGACUUCUCGCUGCCGAAGGUGUUUCUCAACUUGUGCAGCAGAAUUGUCGGCAGGAGGAGGCAUUGGCGGCGACCAUGUUGCUGGUUUACUACGAAUCCCUCACCUUGACGGGGGCUACAAAUACGGUUCAUGAGCAUCUGCGAAGGGCUUUUCUUGUGCUGAGUUCGAUUCCCCUGUCUAAGAAGGGCCACAGUGUCUUGUUCCUUGAAAAGGCUUUCCAGUUUUACGAUAUAAUUACAGCACUCUCACUGGGACAUAAUCCAGUCUCUACUGUGCCCGCCACUGGGCAGGUAUACUCAAUGGCAUCACCUCCGUCCAAGUCAGCCCAAGACGGCUCUGUUGAUCCACUUCUGGGUAUGACUGGCAAUCUGUGGCCAAUUCUAUACCGUCUCAGCACUCUUAAGUCAUUGAAGGGGGAUUUGAACGGCGCUGUUUCCAACAAUCAACCAGCCAAAGCCGCCGUUCUCUUGAUGGAAUAUGAAUCAACGGUCAAAGCAGUACAGAAGGCACUCCAAGAUUGGGCGCCUCCAGUCCAGUUAGACGAGAAUUUUGAAACCUUCUGUUAUUCCGAUACUCAGGGCGCAUUCCGCGCCAUGGUUCACAACUCUUUGGCAUACCGUCAUGGUGCUUUGGUAUACCUGAAUCGAUCCAUUCACGACCACCCUGUCGAUCAUCCUGCGGUCCAGGAACAUUGCCAUCUUACUCUGGAGAACUGCGUUGCAGUCAUCGCAUCUGGCGGACCGGUCAAUGCGCUUCUAUGGCCUCUAUUCGUAGCAGCAUGCGAAGCUGUGACGGAUCAGGACCGAGGCCUCGCAAGGUACGCCUUCAUUGAAAUCGAACGAAGACAGGGUAUGAUCAACAUUGAGAGAGCUCGUGCGGUUGUCCUUCACCAGUGGGCUGCUGCGAUGUCGGGAAAACUAAAAGACGGCUGCAACACUGGCGCUGAAGCGUGGAGGGAGGUUGCAGAGAGUAUGGGAAUGACAAUCAUUUUUGGCUAG